AUGGCCGGGCCCAAGUCCAACGACAUGAGGUCGUGCGAAAAAUUCAUUCCUGACUUCAAUAGGCUUCCACGAGCGAUCCAGCAUGAAACACCCGUGACAAUUCGGUACGACCCGCUUGAUUCAACCUAUCCAGAGCACCCUUCUACAACUUUUACAUUUUUCAUUGUGGUUAUUAUCGAUCUCCUCGUCUAUCGCGCUGGUGUUGAUCAUGCCCAAGGUCGCGACUGCUUCGCGCAACCCCGCGGUGCCAACACCGAGAGCCGUCCGGAGGUCAGCAGGAAACGGAAGGACCUCUGCACAGGUGCCCACAGAAGGAACGCGGACGCGGCAAGGCUUGGUAUGCAUCUGUCGAGAUUUCUAGGGAGUCGUGGAACUGACCUGACAUGGGGGUCACGAGCUCAAGCUGCUCCGGCCAUCCAGGAUGAUGACUUCGAGGUGCGGCGGGAAGCGCAACGGCUCAGUACGGAGAACGCUCGGCUGACCGCACAAGUGCGGCAGCUCACCGCGAAGAACCAGAGUGCUAGAUCCGACAUCCGACAGUGGAAGCAGAAGUUCGACGAUGCAACCUUCGAGAUCCGGGACCACGUACCUCGUGAAGAGGUGCAGAGAAUGUUGAGGGAGCUUCAUGAUGAUGCGGUGUCUUUUGCCGGUAGAAUCGGGACGAAGAACGAAUCUGAGAACUUGCACUUGUUCUCUGCGUUACCCGGUCCUAAUGUCGCGCAGGGCCAGGAUACUUGGCAGAGCCAGCAGGGACAGUUUAAAGUUCUCCACGACCCGAUCCUACCAGAGAACGUAGGCUCUAUUUUUCCCACAGCCGACGAAGAAUGCCUUCAAUUCUGCGACUACUUGAAUGUGCCUCCGGCCUAA